GUAUUGUUAAUUUUAUAUUGAAAUUUGACAAUGUUUUUUUAUUUAACAUUAAUACCUUAUUUCUUUGCAGCGAAGAGGAACACCCGAGGACCGUGUCGUCAGCUGAAGACGGCGAAGGUCACCCGGGUGACCAACAGUCGUAUCAGCAUCGGAUACGACGAGCGCCAUCGGGCUGCACCGACGGCGGAGUUGCAUAGCUCCUUGGCCCACGACAUUGGCCACGUCGUGCGGACCCAUUGCCCGAUGCAAUGGAAGUCUUGGAGGGUCAUGCCUGACGAGAUCCAGGCGGAGGUUCGCGGCCAGUUGUCGACGAACUAUAACUUGGAGGAUCUCGACGAAGAGUCGUUGACGUACGUCAACAGACUCUUCGCUGAGAGGUACAAGCAGUGGAAGAGCGACUUGCACUACCAUUUUCAGGCCUAUGAUGAUCCGCAAGUCGCUCUUCAGGAGGGUUGCCCGAAGGAGCUUGAGGGGCGGGAGGAUAGUUGGGAGUGGCUCUGCGCUCAUUUUCAAGCGCCCGAAUUUGCGGUAUUUUUUUAA